UGUGUUUGACUAACCCUAUCGUAUCAUUGUCGGAGGCUGUGCUAAUAUUAACAACGUUUAACUUCAAGUUGAUGAAGGAAGCUGUGUAACUUAAGGGAAUGAUUAUUAGGAUUGUCGGUUCGUCGGGACGAAGUGGAUCUAUUCUAGUUUAUUGUGGCACAAACGGUAACCGAUGUGCUCAGCAGAGGCCUUUUGCGAUUUUUAAAGAGAGAUAUAUUGAUAAUUUAAUGAAUUGUACUACUAAAACCAGUAACAGUGUUAUUUAUUUUGCUUUUGCACUUGGUUCGAUGGGGUUAUACUUGAAAAUUCAUAAUCUAAAGGUUUUGUGGUACAAGUAUGCAAGAACCCUCUCCUGGGACAACGCAAGGAAUUACAGUUGUCCCACAGAGUGCUGCAUUACCCAUUUUUCCAGACACCCCUUCUCAGAUGAUUGGUCAGUGCAGGGAUAUGUCGGAGGUGUCUGGACAAGCACUGGUUGGGGGAAAUGUGACGUCUCAACCAGCUAUGGACCCAACCACUCAAGCACAGUUUGAGGCAGACAAAAGGGCAGUCUACAAGCAUCCACUGUUCCCACUUUUGGCUCUGUUAUUUGAAAAAUGUGAAAUAGCAAUGCAGAGUGCUGAAGCACCUCUCUCGGAGAGUUUCACUAUGGAUAUCCAAGCCUUUGUGCAACAUCAAGAGAGAGACAGGAAACCAAUAUUUAUUGAUGAUCCUGAAGUGGAUGGUUUGAUGAUAAAGGCUAUUCAGGUGUUAAGAAUACAUCUAUUGGAACUUGAGAAAGUGCAAGAUCUUUGUAAAGACUUCUGUAAUCGGUAUAUUGCAUGUUUAAAGAAUAAAAUGCAAAGUGAAAAUUUGCUUCGAUCAGAAUAUCCGGCUCUAACUAAUGGUACGUCGUCGUCAGCUGAGUCCAGUCCCGGCAGUACUCCAGACAACAGUCAGCAUCAGAGCUUGACAAGCAAUGGUUCUCUUGGAAACAUAGUUCUUCAACAAGGCAUAUCCCAGAAUUCUGUGUUAAGUCCAAACCAGAUUGUUUCAGGUGGAACAGUCUAUCAGAUGGUACAGACACCACAAGGCAUUGUAGCUCAACCAAUUCAGAUUCAGAGUACACAGAUCCAGACAAAUACAACAACAUCUCAUGUAAUUCAUGGUAGCACUCCUCUUUCUCAGAUAGGAGCUUCCUCCAGUGGAGCACCAGGAGAAAACAGGGUCCCACCAAUUGCUCCUAAAGGAUUAAUACCACACGGAGAAAGUGACGAAGAAGAUAUCGGAGGUAAAAAGAAACAGAAAAGAGGGGUUCUUCCAAAACAUGCUACUAGCAUCAUGCGUUCUUGGCUCUUCCAGCACAUAGUGCAUCCAUAUCCUACAGAAGAUGAAAAAAGGCAGAUAGCUGCACAGACCAAUCUUAAUCUUCUACAAGUAAAUAAUUGGUUUAUUAAUGCCAGGCGAAGGAUUCUUCAGCCAAUGUUAGAUGCCAGUAAUCCAGAUGCGAGUCACAAGGCCAAAAAAGCCAAAACCCAAACUUCCCGACAAGCCCAGCGUUUCUGGCCAGAAAAUAUUGCUGCUCUUCAAGCAAGUAUUUCUGAUCCUGACACCCAACAAGCAGAUGGAAGUGGGGGACAAAAUACUAAUCCUUCUUCAAACCAUUCUAGCUCACAAGAUGGCAUCAUUACAACAAAAAGUGAUGAUGAGCGCACCCAAAGGAAUCAUCACACUCCUCCAACAUCACCAGAGGGCAGCUCAGGAGUAAGCCACAAUGAAUCUGAUAUUAUGUCAGAAGAAGAGAAGAUGAUCACAGAAGAGAAAGCAUCCAGUGACAAGUGUAAAAAGUAACAUAACUGGCUGUAUUUGUCAGCCUUAUUCCCUUUGUGAUGACAGAUUUUAUGAUAAUAGAGAAACGUUGUACAUUUUUUUCUUUGGUUGUUGAUAGAUGUACAAAAUUAUGGUGUGGGAUCAUGAUGUUGUUAAAUAUACUGUCCUUUUAAAAUUUUAAUUGAAAGCUGGAUAUUAAUAUAAUGCAAUAUUUUCAUGUUAAAAAUAGAAACUGUUCACAUUACACAAGUCUGUCAUAGAGUUUAUUAUUAUUCUUGAAUAUGGGCAUCACUUGUUCUCUCCUAAUUAUAAUUGUUAGUAAAAGGGUAGAAAUGAAGUGUAGAAACCCAAUGUAACAGAUGGCUUUAGUCAUUGGGUUGGAUCUCCACUUGUUACAAAUAAGUUUUGACCUGGCACGGCCAGGUGGUUAGGGCGCUCGACUCGCAAUCUGAGGGUCACGGGUUCGAAUCCCCGUCA